AUGGUUGCGGCGAAGAAGACGAAGAAGUCCCAUGAGGGAAUCAACAGCAGAUUAGCUCUUGUGAUGAAGAGUGGCAAGUACACUCUAGGUUACAAAUCUGUUCUCAAAUCCCUUCGCAGCUCCAAAGGUAAGUUGAUUCUCAUCUCUAGCAAUUGCCCACCUUUGAGGAGAUCAGAGAUUGAGUACUAUGCUAUGCUUGCUAAAGUUGGAGUUCAUCAUUACAAUGGAAACAAUGUCGAUUUGGGUACUGCUUGUGGUAAAUACUUCCGUGUUUCAUGCCUCAGCAUUGUUGAUCCAGGUGAUUCCGACAUCAUCAAGGCACUUCCUGCAGAUCAGUGA